UUUUUUAACGAGAAGGCACAAAACAAAUACAAUGUCGACUUUACGUAAUGCUGUACAAAGAAGAAAUCACAAAGAGCGUGGUCAAGUAGCUGGACGUGAGAAGUUUGGUCUUCUGGAAAAGAAGAAAGAUUAUCUCUUGCGUGCCAAAGAUUUUCACUCGAAGCAACACAAAUUAAAGGCCAUGAGAGAGAAGGCCUUGUUCAGAAAUCCUGAUGAAUUUUACUUUAAAAUGAUUAACACCCAAACAAAAGGUGGUGUUCACAUUCAAAAGCGUAAUGAAGAAUUACCUCAAGAAAUGAUUCAGUUGAUGAAGUCUCAAGAUAAAGAGUACAUUAAGUAUCAAAGAGAUCUUAGUAAAAGAAGAUUAGAAAAGUUACAAGCUUCACUUCAUUUUAUUGACGACGGAAAGAACUCGGAUGAUGAUGAAGAGGAGGACGACGACGAGGAAGAGGAUAAUUCCAGACGAGCAAAGAAGAAUAAGACCAACCAUAUUGUUUUUGUGGACUCAGAGGCUGAAGUUCGUAAAUUUUCACCCGCUAAACAUCUUGAUACCUUACCCGAACUUGUGAAUCGUAAAUUCAACCGUCCUCGUAUUGAAACUUUACGUGAAUCAGCAGUUGUUGCACCUCAUACUGGAAAAGAACUUAAAGAUAUCAAAAAGGAAAGAGAGCGUAUGUUCAAAGAAUUGGCUUCUCGUAUGAAGCGUGAAGAAGAAUUAUCUAGAGCCGAACAAGAAUUAGCGAUUCAAAAAGCAAUGAGAGAAAAGGGUAGAAAGAAGAAGGUUGGAACAGACAAGCAUGGAUUAGCUGUAUAUAAAUGGAGUGCCGAACGUAAAAAAUAGAUGAUAAAUAAAAAGGCAUAGUUUUUUUUUUAUUA